AUGAAACGUCUAAGGAUUACGGCUAAGAUGCUAUUCGAUGAUGCUAACAAAAAAGCUAAUAGACAAAUCGAAGUGAAUGAAGGAGAAGAAAAGGAUCAGAAGUGGGAGAGUGAGAGAAGACCGAAAAGUCGUUGUAAAGAGACAGAACUAGUGUGCCAACAUUUCAAUAUAGAUUUACAUGAAAAUUUUCAAGUAUAUGGAGAAGCUGCUGAUACAGAAGAAUUUGGAAACCAGUUAGAUCGAACGCGAUUCUGGAGUCUUCUUUCUUCGCAAGACAUUCUACGUGUUUAUUUCCUUCUGACGACAACUUACUCCAAAGCUGCCGUAAAUCGGUAUUUCGAUGUGGAAUUAUUGGAAAAUGAGCAUUUGAUGAAAACUCUUAUUUUUCAAAGAGAUCACAUAUUUCAAGUGACAAUAUGUGCUGUGUGUGCUGAAGAGGAAAACCAGUGUGCCUGUGGCGAAGUGAAAUCACUUUCUACAGUAGUAUUCAGUGAUUGGAAGAAGUUGCUAAAUACAUUACUUACACUCUACGGGUACUCUAUUUUGGAAACACAAGCAGAUGUCAUUCGUGGUCGUUCAACUACUUCUCCAAUGAACCAUGGAACUCUCAAGGAAACUUUAAUGGGUCAUAUCAAGGCGGGAGAGUUAUCAAUCCACUUCAUGACUGGUUUCGAUGGUAUCAAACUCCACUCAAGAGGAAGACUGAAAUGUUGGCCUUUCACUAUGAUCCCGCUGGAUCUUGAAGACCGUGAACGAUCUUCAUUGAGAUCAGUAUUAACAUGUGCAUUGUACUUUGGUAGUAAGGAUCCUUCAUCAAAAGUUCAUGAUCGUAUUGUUGAAUGGGUCGUAUCAGAGAUGGCAACGUCUGUUGUUUGGAAUGAACUUCUCGUCAAGUGCUGGAUUGCAUCCGGAGCACGAAGAAAAGUAUAUGGCCUGAGGUCACAUUCCUCACGGGGUAGUUGCCCGUACUGCUUAAAUCAAGAUACAGUAUGCAAAAUUAAUGAUAGAUUUACGAUUUCGAGAAGUGAUGUGAAAGAAGACGUACCGGAAGAUUUGGAAGAUGGACUCAUCAAUUCAUACACUUCAUUUCAUGAGCUCAUACCAAUGUAUUGGUCUCCUAUCGAUAUCUUUCAUGUGUUUCAGGAAGGAAUUUUCGAAAAAAUAUUAUCAGAAUUAAGCGGAUCGCCAAAAUUACGAAUUUUCGAAAAUUGCAUGAUCGAUAUGAGCUUACCUAUUUCUCUGCCGUCAAACUUCCGUCAGCUUUCUGGACGUCUAAAAGACAUCACUGGAUCCGAAAGAGCAACAAUUUUUCAAACAAUUGUACUACUUGAAGUUUACAUUGGCAACUUCCCAGCUGUUCCGUCAGCUAUUAUUUUCACCGUGUACGUCUUGUUUCGAUUGAAUUGUGAUCCUGGUUUCAUCACGGACCCCAGUCUGUGUCAAAAAGUCAGCAAAUCUUCAGAUCUUCUAGCAUAUUUAAUUGAAACAUAUGCUCCAAAUAUGAUAAGAGGAUCGAAAGUUCACCAAGUUUUGUAUCAUCUCGCUGAUAGUGUUAAGCGAUACGGUCCCCUUCUUCCACUUUCGACACAGGCGCAUGAACACUCUUAUCAUGCUCUGAAACGGCACCUUUGUCCGGAAAUUACGAAUGGAUUGGGAUUAAGUUUAAUGAGAAACUCAAUUUCUAUUCAAGAAUUGCACUCCGAAGUUGUGAAGAGACUGGAUGGAAAUGUUGAAGAGUACUGUAAUGACAUUCAUGGUCAGAAAAUGAUGAAAAUCCUAAACAUAUCGAGAAAACCUGGACUGGCUAAAAGCUAUGAGAUUCCACAAGAGUUUGCUAGGUUCCAAACAAACAAUGAUCAGUACUACAAGUCGCACUACUUCAAUGGGAUCAGGUACUCUUCCAUCAAAAAUGGAUUAUCUGAUGAUCGAAUUGUGAUGUAUAACUCCAAUGGAAAAACGAAAUACGGAAUUGUUCAAGGAUUUCUGAUAAAUUCGGAAGAUGAAGAGAGAUGCAGAGUUAUCAUUCAACAGUUUCAACUUUCUGACAUCCAUAUACAAUCUCUCGCCUCGAAAAUGUUUGCUUUUGGCAUACCCAGACAUACUUGCCAAGAACUGAUUGAUAUCUGCUGUUCUUCUAAGUUUGGAGCUGUUGUAGUUGGAAAGAAGAACCCUACAACGUUCCCAUUGAGUUGUUUGAUAGGUCACGCUGUUUUUAUUGAGAGAGAUUCUCGACAAAUUGUGAUUCCUUUCUCUCAUCGCGUUAUGCUUUCAUAA